UAUGAAUCGAUUUUAGAAAUGGGAAUUUUGUUUAGGGUACUGAAUAAUAAGUGAUAAUUUAUUUAGCAUAUAUCAGAAUAGUGCUGAUAUUAAUUAAUAGAGAUAAAAGAAAUUUGAUGAAUAUUCUAAAUUGAAGAUGAAUGCAAAAACGACAGACGACGAUAAAAAUGAAAUUAUGAAAGAUAUUAAUAGAACCUAUUAGGAGGUGGGAUUGUUUCAGUUAGAAUCAAACAAAAACAUUAUGUGUAAUGUGUUAUUGUUGUGGUGCAGCCAUAGUUUGUCAUAUCGCCAAGGUAUAUAAGCUUUUAAAUGAUAGGUAUGAACGAGAUAGUGGGAGUCAUAUUUUAUACAUAUGUCCAAUCUUUUUAGGAUUGCCAAGAGUAGAACCCAACUAAAAUCGAGAAUGAUAUUUAUUGGGUAUUUAAGACGAUUAUGGAUGAUGGAGAUCAUAAACAAAAUUUUAAUUACUCGUCCCAUAUGCCUAUAGAUAGAAUACCUCUGAUUAGAUAUAUAAAGGAUCUGACUAUGGAAAAACUCAAAUACAUUGAUGAGCAGUUAUUUUAGAUCUUUGAGUAGAAUCAAAUUAGCACAGAGAUAUUUUUAAUGAAAUGGAUCAAAGUAUGUUAUUUAUCAUAUAAAUGUGUUUACUAGCCAGAGAAUAUGAGAUUGAAUAGAUAUAAGUAAUUUGGGACAAGAUGUUUGAGAAGUUCCAGACAUCAAAAUUGAAAUUUUU